GAACUCUUUUCAUUGGUCUUUUAAAAUAGUAUGCCGUAGAACCCGUUUUAGCCGUCAAAAAAUAGUUCGCGCCAAAUCUAAAGUACAAAUCACGUGCAGAGCAUUUGAAAGGGUACUAUAUAAGAGUAAAACAAGCAUGUUCCGCCAAUCAUCGUCCAGUAUGAAGUUGAACUUGUGUGGAGUUAUAUUAGUUUUGUGCUUCGUUGAAGCUUUAGGUUGGCUUCCCGGAAUGGGUAAGCGCCAACCAACUGCAGCGCAAUUUUUCCGUAGAAAAGCUAGUGGACCAGCAUCUGUCGAAAAUGACCUGGGCUCGUCUGGAGAAACUUGGGAAGUAUCAACUGGCGAUGGGGCCUCUGGACUAGUUACAGCUGGACCAAGCGGUGAGGAAACAGGGGAGGUUAACGAGGACCCAAGCGUUGAAAACUCUGUGGAACUUUUUCCCAAACCAACUGGAGCACCAUCCAGCGUUCAAGACUCUGUGGAACUUUUUCCCAAACCAACUGGAGCACUAUCCAGCGUUCAGGACUCUGUUGAACUUUUCCCCAAACCGAUUGGAGCACUAUCCAGCGUUCAGGACUCUGUUGCACCUUUUCCCCAACCGAUUGGAGCGCCAAUCGUUCCUGUACAACGAUUUUUCUAUCAGCAGAAGAACUCUGUUACACGUAGAGAAGAUGGCAUAACCAGUGGAUCAGGAUCUGACGAAAAUGACUUAACCAGUGGAUCAGGAUCUGACGAAAAUGGAUCAGGAUCUGAGGAGUCAUAUACAUGUGCCGAUCCCCCUUUUUAUAAACUGCUAUCAUUAUUCAGAGGAUUUCCUAAAACCGAGAGCAAAGAAAUGUAUGGUUAUGAAGCUGCCUUGUAUGACCCUCUUUUGGAUGAAUUCUGGGCCAGGAAGAACGAUCAAGGGCUUGACAAAGCUUUGGGUUUUUUCAUGAAGGAAUUUUCCCAGGCUAUUAUGGCAGAGAAAUAUCAGUGCAAAGGGACACAAUUAAAUCAAAUGUUGAUUGAUGUGUUAAAAGAUACUACAACCAAAUUCAUGUCUGAAGCAAAGACAUACAUCCAAGAUGCAGUUGGUAAAAUGAAAAAGCCUGUUUCGCGAGGAACAUACACCGCCGUGCGUCCACCAACAUAUGAGCGUCCAGGACUAUAUAAUCGUGCUGCUCCACCAACAUAUGAGCGUCCAGGACUAUAUAAUCGUGAUGCUCCACCAAAAUAUCAGCGUUCACGACUAUCUAAUCGUGCUGGGGUCAAACCAGGUCCUGGCCAAGGACCAUCUAAGGGUGGAAAAGAUAUGAUGGACCCCAAAUCGAAAAAGGAACAAUUUGUUGCUAAAAUAUUGGCACUGCUUAAGAAAGUUUUAAGAGAAGAUUCAGCCAGCCACAUGGAGACUGAACAGUUUGGUGGUGUCGCCUGCUACCUAAGAGAUGUAAUGGAAUAUUUGAGGGGUGAAGUCGAGGCUAAUGUACCAUUGGAGCAGAUAAAAGUGGAUUUAGCGACAUGGUCGAUGGCUGAUUAUGGAUUUCUGUUUGAAUGUAUGGACCCUCUCUUCAUUGUGAUGAUAUACGAAGACAACUGGCAAAAUGUUAAUCUACCAUAUGAAGAGAACAUUCUAUUUCAACAUAUUGGUGAAUCUUUGAAGAAUAUUUUACAAAGAGAAGGCAAAGGAGAUAAAGACCGCCAGUCGAUUGAUAAAGUGCUAAAUAUAGACUUUCCUCUUAAUUUAACGGAGGUAAUCCACAAGUUUGCAAUGAAAGUCUUCGGAGAGCUACAGCCUUUCCUUGAUGCCAAAUCAGCUGAUCAAAUGGUUGAUUUCUUCCGGAAAUUUUUAACACCUGAGAAAAUGAAAUUUGCUGAGAAAUUGAUCCGAAGUUUGGACAUCUUCUUUGAAGGAACAACUAGUCUUCCAGACCCUAUGACGUCAUCAGCAGAACCAGUUUAUAGAAGAUCAAACUGGAUGGAAAGUGAAUAUGAAAUUGAAAAUGAAAUGAACAGACUCAGUAAAAAGUGGAGCAGGGACGGACUCAGUAAAAAGUGGAGCAGGGACGGACUCAGUAAAAAGUGGAGCAGGGACGGACUCAGUAAAAAGUGGAGCAGGGACGGACUCGGUAAAAAGUGAAGCAGGUACGGACAACCGGUGAAGUGGAGAGGAUAAUACCAACAAACCAAUCUUGGAUAUAUCUUAAUAAAAAAUAUAUUAUUUUAA